AUGUUUGGCUGGUUCCGCAGCACGGGCGAGCUGAUAUGGGAGAACAUCCUCUCGUCAGCGGAGCUGUUUGAGCGAAGCAUUCUCGUCAGCGACUGUAAGCCGGAGCAUUCGUAUGAAGUCUGGCACGACAACGCUUGCGACAUCCGCUGGACUCAUGCCAUCUUGCUGUAUCACUGGCUUGCGCAGACUGACACCACUGCACAGCAGCCCAUGUACCAGAAGAAGGCGCAACAACUCUUAGAGGGCAUCAAGCGCGUGAAGAAGUACGAGCCUGUCAGUGCUGGUUGGACAUCUCCAGGGCACGUGAACUUCAACUCGAUCAUCUUUGCCGGGAAGCCCUCCAGGCCCAUAUGGGACACCAAGGAGCUGCCCAUAGGCAAAUGGCUGGAAGACAACCACCACAUUUUCAAGGCGGAGCUACAGGCGAUAUUGAACGAGCCGGGCGACGUCUUUGAGCAGCUCAUGAAGAUCGACCCGUCAAGAGAACACCUCGCGACACCUGGUGGUUGGGACACGCUGCGCAUUGUCCGCUACCACAAUUGGUUCGAGGUGUUCUGCCAGCUGGCUCCCAUGACUUGCGAGCUUAUACGCUCGCGGCCAGAGAUCAACGACUGCAAGUUCAUGAACGUCAACUAUGUGCGAUUGAACCCUGGGACUCACUUGAAGCCGCACUACGGCAAUGGCCCACGGCUUUCUGCCCACCUGUCGGUGAUAGCCCCAGAGCCGAUGAAGGCAGGCUUAACGGUUGCUGACCAAAAGCGAUUAUGGGUUGAGGGUGAGGCCAUCCUUUUCGAUGACACCUACCCUCACAUGGUGAGCCACUGGGGCAAUCUGCCUCGCUAUGUCAUCCUGGUUUGGUUCUGCCAUCCUUGCGACACAGGGAACGCGCACCACCAGACAUGUCCCACAGUGUGA